GGGUCUUGUCCUAACAACUGGGAUCAUUAUGAAGGUCGCUGUUUCCACUUUGUUCCAAGACCCUUGACUUGGGCGAAGGCCCAGUCAAACUGUCAGUCCAUGGGUGCGAACCUUGUAUCGAUACACAGCAUUGAGGAGAACCAUAAGAUUCAGAGCAUUAUACAGGCAGAUGCUGCAGAAAAUAAAAACACAUGGAUUGGAGGCUCAGAUUGCCAAGAGGUAAAAACUUGGUUCUGGAUUGACGGUACACCUUUCAACUUCCAAGAAUGGUGUGGUGGUCAACCUGAUUUUCCCUCUCAGAACUGUAUCCGGAUUAAUGCUGGAGGUGGCAAAUGCUGGGAUAACUUGGAGUGCAACAUUGCAAUUGGAUCAAUGUGUGUGAAACCGGCCAAUUAAUCCUGAGCCGAUGCAGAGACAUGCAUCCAACUCACACAUUUGGUGGAGGAGCGAUUGUGUGAAUGUUUGCAUCAGCAGUCCUAAAGUCUAAAUCUUAAGUCUCUACAUCUCAUAUCUCAACUGUAAUCAUUUAUAUUUCUGUUGAACUAUACAGGAUGAAGCGACAAGAGCAGAUGUGGCCCAUGUCCAUGCAAAAUCAGCUAAAUAAUGUCUUUAAUAAGCUUGAAUAGUUAUAAAACAAAUGCUUUAUAAUCCUCACAAGCAAACAAAAACGCUUCUUGUAUUACCGGUUUCCAAAAUUAAAAGUUUCAAGGACUGAAACAAGCU